GGUUCCUGUUCCCCAAUAGCUCAGCCUGUUUCCGUGACUACAAUAUAUAGCCAUUGUCCAAGAGACACAUAAACCUCACACCUACACCUCUGCCCGCCCGGAGUCAGCAGGGCCCAGCCAGAAGAUUGAGGGCUUGGAUUCAAAUCCCACAUCUGACCUGACACCCAUGCUUUGCCUCAUGCCUGUUUCAACUUCUGUUCCUUAAAACAAGGAGGGGGGACUGACCCCUCUACCAGCUGGGAAGCAGGCCCUGCCUGGCAGUUCUGGAUAAGGGUAGCCUCCCCUAGAAAGGCUGGGGCUGGUCACCACAGUCCCCAGUCCCCUGACCUCAUUGCUGGCCCAGGGCUCCAAUCAGAAGGCUGAGAUAAGCAGAAGGCCCAUGGCCACCUGGGGCCCAGGGUGAGUGAACCUUGCCCCAUGCCUGUCACAGCCACUGCCGUCCUUGACCACACCAUGGGGAGCCCGGUGCAACUCAGCCUGCUCUGUGUUGUCCUGGCCAGCCUCCUGCUCCCUGGGAAAGGUGUGUUUAUUAACCGGGAACGUGCCAACAAUGUCCUGGCGAGGACUCGGAGGGCAAACUCAUUUUUUGAAGAGUUCAAGAAAGGAAAUCUGGAAAGAGAGUGUAUGGAAGAAAUUUGUUCUUAUGAAGAGGUCCGUGAAAUCUUCGAGGACGACGAGAAGACGAAAGAAUACUGGACCAAAUAUAAAGACGGCGACCAGUGUGAAAGCAGCCCUUGCCAGAACCAAGGAGCGUGUCGAGAUGGCAUCGGGGGUUACACGUGCACCUGCUCGGAGGGAUUUGAAGGCAAAAACUGUGAGCUCUUUGUUCGGAAACUCUGCCGCCUAGACAACGGAGACUGUGACCAGUUCUGCAGAGAAGAGCAGAACUCAGUGGUGUGCUCCUGCGCCAGCGGUUACUUCCUGGGUAAUGAUGGCAAGUCUUGCAUCUCCACAGCUCCCUUCCCCUGUGGAAAAAUCACUACAGGACGUAGGAAGAGGUCUGUGGCCCUAAACACCAGCGACAGUGAGCUUGACCUUGAAGACGCCCUGCUUGAUGAGGAUUUCCUGUCCCCUACGGAGAAUCCUAUUGAACUGCUCAACCUCAACGAGACACAGCCUGAGAGGAGCAGCGAUGACCUUGUUCGGAUUGUGGGUGGCCGGGAAUGCAAGGAUGGAGAAUGUCCCUGGCAGGCUCUGCUCAUUAACGAAGACAAUGAAGGGUUCUGUGGGGGCACCAUCUUGAAUGAGUUCUACAUCCUCACUGCUGCCCACUGUCUCCAUCAGGCCAGGCGAUUCAAGGUGAGGGUAGGUGAUCGGAACACAGAGAAGGAAGAAGGCAACGAGAUGGUGCACGAGGUGGACGUGGUCAUUAAGCACAACAAGUUUCAGAGGGACACCUACGACUAUGAUAUCGCCGUGCUGAGGCUGAAGACUCCCAUCACGUUCCGGAUGAACGUGGCCCCUGCCUGCCUGCCUCAGAAAGACUGGGCCGAGUCCACACUGAUGACACAGAAGACGGGCAUCGUGAGCGGGUUUGGACGCACGCAUGAGAAGGGCCGCCAGUCGAACAUCCUGAAGAUGCUGGAGGUACCCUACGUGGAUCGCAACACCUGCAAGCUCUCCACCAGCUUCAGCAUCACACAGAAUAUGUUCUGUGCGGGCUAUGAGGCCAAGUUAGAGGAUGCCUGCCAGGGGGACAGUGGUGGCCCCCAUGUCACACGGUUCAAAAAUACCUACUAUGUGACCGGCAUUGUCAGCUGGGGAGAGGGGUGUGCAAGGAAAGGGAAAUAUGGCAUCUACACAAAGGUCACGACCUUCCUCAAGUGGAUUGACAGGUCCAUGAAAGCCAGGGUGGGACCCACAGCCGAGACCCCAAGGACAGCAGGUCCGCCCAAUUAAAGCAGUCCUUCUCCAGUCCUGCUGGGUCACAUCUGGUGUUGUUUAAUGUUGCCACCUUAAACAGGAAUGUUCUUGGGGCAGCUGCCCCACCUGUGGUGGGGUCUUUUCCCUCAGUCUUAUUUCCCUUGACUUCAUGGUAUACGAAACGGGCUGCAGCCGGGCAGUGGUGGCACACACCUUUAAUCUCAGCACUCAGGAGGCAGAGACAGGCAGAUUUCUGAAUUUGAGGCCAGACUGGUCUACAGAGUGAGUUCCAGGACAGCCAGGGCUACACAGAGAAACCCUGUCUCAAAAAAUGAAUGAACGAACAAACGAACGAACAAACAAAUGAACGAAAGAAAGAAAGAAAGAAAGAAAGAAAGAAAGAAAGAAAGGAAGGAAGGAAGGAAGGAAGGAAGGAAGAAAGAAAGAAAGAAAGAAGCUGCAAGUGAGCAAAGGUCUCUCUUCCUGAACCAGACUAGAAGACACUCAGGGAGUCGCUGGCUCUAGGGGGUUCGGUGUCUGCUCACACUUGGAUGGAGCCCAUAGACAUAGCAUAUGGUUCUGAUUUUCAGUAUGUGUGUGUGCGCGCGUGCACACACACACACACAUACACACAGACACAGGGACUUCAGCCCCUGUUUUAGGUUGAGAGGCCUAGACUCUGCUACUCCUUAGCCUGGCCAGAGAACCCUCACUGUCCUCUGGGAACUAGGCAACAUGGAAUUACUGGUUCCGUGACAUCCACUGAAAGUAAAGACUCCUGGGAAGAGAGGCUAAGGUCUUUGUCUAAAUAAAGGAACCUUUUACCCGGA